AUGGUGAAGGGUGUCACCAAAGGUUUCCGCUACAAGAUGCGAUCCGUGUACGCUCAUUUUCCUAUCAACGUCACCCUCCAAGAUGGUGGAAGAACCGUUGAGAUUCGUAACUUCCUGGGAGAGAAGAUUGUUCGCCGUGUGCCUCUUCCGGAGGGUGUCACCGCCACAUUGUCCACUUCACAAAAGGACGAACUCAUUAUUGAAGGAAACGAUAUCCAACUGGUAUCUCAAGCUGCCGCUCGUAUCCAGCAGUCUACAUCUGUCAAAGAGAAGGAUAUCCGUAAGUUCCUCGAUGGAAUCUACGUAUCGGAGAAGACCACCAUUGUUCAAGAGUAA